AUGAGUCUUCUCAUGAUUAGUGAGAAUGUAAAGUUGGCUCGGGAAUAUGCAUUGCUUGGAAAUUAUGACUCUGCAAUGGUCUAUUAUCAGGGAGUUCUUGAUCAAAUGAACAAGUAUUUGUAUUCAGUCAAGGACACAUACCUCCAGCAGAAAUGGCAACAGGUUUGGCAAGAAAUAAAUGUGGAAGCUAAGCAUGUUAAAGAUAUCAUGAAAACACUAGAGAGCUUUAAAGCAGAUGGCACUCCUUUGAAAGCUGCACAACAUGAGCUUCCAGCUUCUGAGGGAGAAGUCUGGUCCUUGCCUGUACCUGUUGAACGAAGCCCUCAGAUAAGGAACCCUAGUGGCACAAGGAAAGGAAGAGAAGACCAAAAUGGAAUUACCGAACCAGAAACAAACAAAUUUGAUAGUACUGGCUAUGAUAAAGACUUAGUAGAAGCCUUGGAAAGAGAUAUAAUUUCACAGAAUCCCAAUAUUCGAUGGGAUGAUAUUGCAGAUUUAGUAGAAGCCAAAAAGUUGCUUAAGGAAGCUGUGGUGUUACCUAUGUGGAUGCCAGAAUUCUUUAAAGGCAUUAGGAGACCAUGGAAAGGAGUGCUGAUGGUUGGCCCACCUGGCACAGGAAAAACCCUCCUUGCCAAAGCAGUAGCUACAGAGUGCAAGACAACAUUCUUCAAUGUCUCUUCAUCAACUCUUACUUCCAAAUACAGAGGAGAGUCUGAGAAGCUUGUUCGUCUUCUGUUUGAAAUGGCUCGAUUUUAUUCUCCAGCCACCAUAUUUAUUGAUGAGAUAGAUUCCAUUUGUAGUCGCAGAGGAACUUCUGAAGAACAUGAAGCAAGCAGAAGAGUGAAGGCCGAGCUGCUGGUUCAGAUGGAUGGUGUUGGAGGUGCCUCUGAAAAUGAUGACCCUUCUAAGAUGGUUAUGGUUCUAGCAGCAACUAAUUUUCCCUGGGAUAUCGAUGAGGCAUUAAGACGUCGUCUUGAAAAAAGAAUCUAUAUCCCAUUACCAUCAGCAAAAGGCAGAGAGGAGCUGUUACGUAUAAGUCUACGUGAGCUGGAAUUGGCCGAUGAUGUUGACCUUGCAAGUAUAGCAGAAAACAUGGAAGGUUAUUCAGGUGCAGACAUCACCAACGUGUGCAGGGAUGCAUCCUUGAUGGCAAUGAGAAGGCGCAUUGAAGGUUUGAGCCCAGAAGAAAUCCGAAAUAUCUCAAGAGAAGAAAUGCACAUGCCUACAACUAUGGAGGAUUUUGAAAUGGCUUUAAAAAAGGUUUCAAAAUCAGUAUCUGCUGCAGACAUUGAAAGAUAUGAGAAAUGGAUAUUUGAGUUUGGAUCAUGCUAA